UUCAGCCCCUGAAACCGCAGCUACUCGAGACCGACCUGCAUGACCUUUUUUCCUUCAUCUGGGCUCAUGAUACACAUGCGUUUGACCAUCCUCGAUACCGCAUUCAAGUCGCGUUUACUAUUCUCUUGGCAUUUCAUUUGGGGUUGCAGCCCAAGGGUGCUUUAAGGGAGGGGUUUUACUACAAAGACACCAGAAUCCUCUUGACACGAUACGAGAAUGAAAUGCGAGCAUUGCUUGUGAUAUGCUUCGAGAACCGAGAGAACACGAAAACAUCUCAACGGCGAUGCAGGUGAGUUGAGCUUUGGGUAGAGAAAGUAACACUGCUAAUCAAGAGUGGAGCAGAGAGAUGGUUCUUGUGGAUGAUCCUACUAAGCGCCAUAUGUGUCCCGUUACUCUGUUCCUUUCAAUGGCAAUUGCUGAUGGGCUGAUUGAUGCAAUUCAUCAAGCUAGUGAAGUUCAACAAUGGCCCAAUUGGACGCCUCUCCCAUAUAGCCCAAAUCUCGUUCAUUUGCCUGUACUCCGACGGACUGGAAACAAAUCUAGGCUCAUAUCAUCGUGUGAGAUGAAGCCAACUGUGUUGCAUAGAAUUAUGCAUGCACAGAUUCAAAGAGCAGGACAUGAGGAAACUUUUGCGACCUUACUUCGGGAUGUUAGAACGGCUACCCAGCGAGACAAGCGACUAAUAAAUAUUGACUUUGCGCCGCUCUUGAUUGGGCGCGGACAGGGUCAAACAGUGUCUAGAUUGCUAGGACCUCAACUAGACCUCCGCAACUUAUGUCGGGAUACGAAGACUUUUGCUACAGGUUCAUCAAUCCUCAAGGAUCCGUUUCCGCUGCCCUCAAUUGUACAAAUUCAGCUCAGAUACGAUGUAACACGGUUGAUGAUAAUCUCCUGUCUUUACGAAAUUUCCUGCAACACAAUCCCUGAUAUAUUACGGCCAUUUAUCAAAGCCGCUGAAUCCGUUGCGUAUGAACCGUACUACUUGGAUGCUGAGCCUGAUGCACAAGGGGCUUGUAGAUGGUGCGGUAUUCGAUUACCUCGGUAGGUCCUUAAUUAUUCACCAUUCUAACGAAGACUAAUUUCCUGCAGUAUACCUCUGAAGAUGCAUUUACUUAGAUGUGCCCAAAAGGCUAAAAGUCUCGAGGCUUCAAGGCGGCUACAAGACAUUACAUGGUGCUGUGAAUGGGCAUCGUGUACUUUCCAAUUCUCCAGUGCGGACUCAGCUGCGUCUCAC